AUGGGUUUGAAUCUCCGCAGCGUCCUAUGCGUACUUGCCCUAGUUGCUUAUCAGGCUCGCGCGGUAACUUUUAACUCCUCUGAGCUGUAUCUCUCUGACCACGAGUUUGAAAUUACAUCGAUCACACGGACGCGGAAAUAUGAUUUUGUGAUCACUCGCACAAACCUAACUCUUUCAUGUAGGAACACAACCGGAGCACCCGACGGUUACACAAGACCACUUCUUGUCAUCAACAAUCAGCUACCUGCCCCCUUGAUCCGUUGCAACGAAGGUGAUACUCUCGAGAUCCGGGUGGACAACCGUCUUGAUACAGACGUUUCCAUACACUGGCAUGGCAUCUGGCAAACAGGAACGCCUUGGAUGGACGGCGUCACAGGUGUCACUCAGUGCCCAAUUCCCCCAGGAGCCUCUUUUACUUAUAAAUUCACGGUUGCAAAGCAGUUCGGGACAUUCUGGUAUCAUGCACACACUCGGAAUUUGGCCAUCGACGGAAUCGCGGGUCCAUUGAUUAUUCAUAGUCCUCGGGACCCUCUGGUGAAAGGAAGAGAUUUUGAUAAUGAAUACAUACUGUUCAUGAGUGAUUGGUACCACAAUCAUCUUAAACGGGACUCUAUCAGCGAAUGGUUAUUUUGGGACUCCAGCAGCACCAUCGGCGAGUUUAAAAUCUUCAUAGAUCGUGGAUCGAAAUGCAUAACCCCUACAAAGCCUCUAGAAAUCACCGUCGCCCCGAACCAGAAGACAAGAUUCCGUUUGAUCCAAGCAGGCUCGCAUGCAAUGUUCUGGUUCUCUGCGGAUCAACACUUUCUGAAUGUUACAGAAGCAGAUUCGACAGGGGUUUCUGGGCCUCCAGGAUUGCACCGGUUACAGUUUCACAAUGGAGAAAGGUAUAGUGUGAUAAUCGAUACGAAACUGGAUCCAGACGGAAGCUCCUUUUACCUUCGAGCAGCGAUGGAUACCGAUUGCUUCGCUCCCGGAAUGACUGGUCCCGAUGCUACGGCGCUAGCCAUUGUACGAGUUGUUGCACCGAACAAUGGCACUUUAGACACCUUGCCACCCACCACGCGAGACUGGAAAGACACUGUUGGAGGGAAUUGUACAGAUUUGGAUAUAGAUCUGCUUUCACCCUUGAUGACCAAAGUUUGCGCUCAAAACGUACUAGGCCACCUAUUCUUCAACACCAGUCUGGGAACAGUGCUUCAGGCCAAUCCAAACAACUCGAGCAAACUUGAAAGUCUCAGUCGUUUUUUCGUGGACAAUACCACAUGGACCAACUUACUUAAGGGGGGGAAGGGCUUCGUCAACCAAUCUGAAGCUGCCACAUUGACACUCGAGAAACCCGGAGCCUACGACAUUGUGAUUAACAACCUCGACUCUGCUAUCGAUCACCCUUUACAUCUACACGGAGUGGAUUCAUACCUUGUGAGUCACGGUCCGGGGAACGUUGGACCACAAGAUUUGAAGAAUCUCAAAUACCGAUUGACAAACCCAUUACGAAAAGAUACAUACGUCGUGGGAGGUGGUAGUCAUCUGAUCGUACAUGUCCGAAACGUUGGACCUUUCAUCCUACACUGUCAUAUCGGAUGGCAUUUGGCCGCUGGAUUCGCCGGUAUUGUUGUGAUGCAGCCCUCAAAAUUGGCGCAGAUCACUUUGCCAGUGGAAAAUCAAAGGCUUUGUAUAGGGAAGAACUUCAGUAAUCAGAAUGAAAUCGAACCUGGAAGACGCAAGAGAUGGACCGAUCCUAUAUUCGACGAUACGCAACCCAUGUUUCCACGUCCUCUGAAAGGUUAUUAUCUACCAAAUGAAAUGCUUAAUUGA